GUAUUUUCCAGUAGUUUCUCCGGCGUUCCCUCUUCCCAGCUUCAGCAAGAGCAUAAGAGAUGCCAUUCGAAAAGCAAAACAAAUGUAAUUGAGUGGUCUCUCCAAUGGCGCCCUCUCUGCCUUGUUUAUAGCGUCUUCGUUUACCACCCUUGCGCGCGCGUGCCGCUGUCGUCAACCAAUUCCUGUCUGGAGUGUCUGACCGCGGGUGGGCGAGUGGGGUGUGUCUGCAAGCGGAGAGAGCGUGCGAUUCAGACUCCUUGUACACAACACGACUCGAGUGAGAAUAAAAUGCUGCAAAAUCUGAAAUUGACACGACUCAGAGUCUAGCAGCAAUCUGACACUUUUUUUGUUCGCCAGUUCGGGGAGAGACUGCCUGGAACCAUGAAGAAAUCGAGCCCGGCAAAGCAACAACCACCACCUCCGGCUGAAGUCACAGUGCCAGAUAACGAGGUUACUGUGCAACAACUGAACGAGCUGUUGUCAAACAGCAGCGGAUUUUACAGUUUACCAACACAGCAUUUCAACGAGGUCUUCCCUAGAAUAUACGUUGGUAACGCGUUUGUGGGCCAGAAUCUAAUGCGUCUGCAGAAGCUGGGCGUGACCCACAUCCUGAACGCGGCGGAGGGCAACUCCUUCAUGCACGUCAACACCAACGCAGAGUUCUAUGCUGGCUCGGGCAUCACCUACCACGGCAUCCAGGCCAACGACAAGCCUCAGUUCAACCUCAGUACAUUUUUUGAGGAGGGGGCAGACUUCAUUGAGAAGGCUCUGGCACACAACAAUGGCAAAGGGAAGGUGUACGUCCACUGCCGAGAGGGCUACAGCCGCUCGCCCACCAUUGUCAUCGCUUACCUCAUGCUGCGCCACAACCUGGACGCCCGGGUGGCGGUUGCCACGGUGAGGCUGAAGAGAGAGAUCGGCCCCAAUGACGGCUUUCUGCGCCAGCUGUGCCAACUCAACGAGAAGCUGGCAAAAGAGGGCAAGUUGAAUGGGGUGAUGCCAGUCGUGGCUGCCAGGUUAAAGACAAAGUAAGAGAGGGAGAGAGACCCAAACCCUCCUAUUCUGCGUUCCAUAGGAGACAACCUGACUCAAUCCACCCUGACCGCCAAACGUCUCACACACAUGCACAUACAUGUAACAUGCAUGCACUGUACAUACAUAGUGACAGUCACACAAUAACUCUCUCACACAAACUCUCCUAUCUGUCAUGCUGCCGUCCUCUUUCUCACCUUCUCUCUGUCUCUCGCUCUCUGUCUCUCGCUCUGCUGGUCUCCUUGGGUACAUUUGUCUAAACCCCAGCCUGUUCCGAUAGUGGGGGAAGUAUGUUAGGCCAAGGGGUGUGGAAAAGAGGGUACCUGGGGCAUGCAGGCAUCCAUCUAACCAUGGCUUAGUGCUUUCCAGUUUACUCUGUCACCCAUCUUCUCUCUGUAGAUUCCAUAAGCAUACGUCCCACUGCUGGCACACACAGCCCCAAAGUUUUGACUUGACCAAUGAAGCAUUCCGUAGAUCAUAUGUUUAAAACACUGAACAUUUCUCUCCGUGUUCCACUUGGAGCUCUGAGGUCGGAAGAGAGUCGGAAGAGUACAAAUAAUAUAUUAUAGCACAAUCAUUAAACAGAAUCCCACUGCCGGGACUGUCGGACUACAAUGAUGUCAUGACCCCAACAAAAUGAUCUCUGACCAGUCUGGAAUGUUUUGGGACAUUUAGACUAUUCCUGAUUGGGUGUGACAAUGAAGCACCCUGACAUCACACAAGGAAGUGUUGUGGGUAGUGUUGGGUGGGCUAAUUUGGUGUAUAAAAAAAAUUUAAAAAACAUUCCAUAGAGACUGGCUCCCCAAGAUGUCAUACUCACACACACACACACACCCAUCAUGUCUAAGUAGAAGCAAGCAACACACACACAUCAUGUCUAGGUAGAAGCAAGCAGCAACACACACACACACACACCUCAUGUCUAAGUAGAAGCAAGCAGCAACACACACACAUCAUGUCUAUGUAGAAGCAAGCAGCAGCACACUUUAUGUGCAUUUACAGGGAUGGAACCUAUUUACAAAGGAAAACGCACUUACCAUGCCAGACAGGUACCCACUGCCAAUUCCAAAGUGCACAUCCGUCGUACAUCCGUCGUUGUGUCCAUCCCAUAGAUAUACAGCUCCACUGUCAAUCAAUGCCAGAAUUGGCCGUUAUGUCAACUGCCUUGAACCAAUAUGUGCAUACUAAUGUUAUGCCAAUUUGGAGGUGAACACCUAAGGCUUUUCUGUUUGUCUGUAUUAGUACAUUGCAGGAUACUGUAUGUCUCAAUGCCCUGCCAUCCUAUUGAAGUAGAUAUUUAAGCAAUAAUGCAUGAGGGGGUGUGGUAUAUGGCCAAUAUACCACGGCUACGGGAUGUUCUUUCGCACAACGCAACCCAGAGUGCCUGGAUAAAGCCCUUAGCCGUGGUAUAUUGGCCAUAUAACACAAACCCCCUAGGUGCUUUAUUGCUAUUAUAAACUGGUUACAAACAUAAUUAGAUCAGUCAAAAUAAAUGUGGUAUAUGGUCUAAUAUACCACAUAUUUCAGCCAAUCAGCAUUCAGGGAUCAAACCAGCCAGUUUAUAAUAUAUGAUCACAACCAAGAGAGAAACGUCUCAGAAAUGAUUAUAACCGGUGUUGCACAUACAGUUGCACAUGAAUUGAGAUGAAUUGUGGAAGGCUCUACAGCUUUCUGAAACAAUUUCUGUCUUUAAAUGACAUUCGAAUCAAUGGAAAGACCAAAGGCUCCAGGCAAGCUCACAAGACAUCUAACCCUGGUGGGGGGGGGGGGUUUAACCCCUCAAAUGUCCCUGUUGCAUCCGGAGUUGUCUUUGACUUAACUUCAUGGUCAAGUGUGAUAGACAGUCACUGGAUCCAGCCCCACUAGCAGGGACAGCGAGUCCUAACGAACCAUCAUCACUCCAUUUUGGAAACGAUGUACUAAAGAGGGGUCUAGCACAGCCACGGUUAGUUCACCCGGUUCUUCCCAUGUGUCAAAUCCGAUAGAGCUCAGUCGCUCAGCAUAGAGGCCUACGGGCUUAUUGGUGCAUCCAUGGGUGGAAUGAAUAGAAGUGGAAAUAGUUAUCUCUGUCUGAGAAAUUGAACUCUGAAAACGAGGUUACGUUAUGUCAUACGGCACCAUCUAUUCCUCAUUUUAUACAUCUAUAUACAUAGAAAUAUUAUACAUGUAUAUACAUAUUUAAGCAUUGACAUAUAUGAAUGUAGAGCAAUGUGUCUAUAAUAUGUAAGUAUCGUUAGUACAUGUGUAUAUCACUGUAGCACUUAUACUGUAGUUCUUAUGUCAACAUUAGAUCACUCAGUCCUCUACUAACUCUUCUACAUUCCUCCUAUAUUCCAAUAUCUGUAUUUAAAGAUGCCUUCAUGCUUUUCCCUCUGCGUUCUGUUGGGGAUAUACAUGGAGAUCAAUGGAGGGAUUGUAGAUCUAUUUUUAUUCAAAUCUAUUGAUUCUGUGACUCAUGCUGAUGACUGAUGGGAUGUUCUCUCUGACUCGGAUGCUCUAUGCUCUGACCCCAACUUAACUUAUUAUUGACAAGUCAACGAGGAGGCUGGUGGGAGGAGCACUACGAGCACGGGCUCAUUGUAAUGGCUGGAAUGGAAUGGUAUCAAACAUAUGGAGGUCCAUUGGUUCCAUUCCAGCCACUACAAUGAGCCCGCCCUCUUAUAGCACCAGCCUCCUCUGUCACACUACUAUUUAUAAGCACCAUCACGAGCAUCCCCCCCCUAGUUAAUCCAUUUUAAAAACAGAACGAUAUUCCGGUAGGAUCUCUAUAACAUUCCUGUAUGAUCUGGAGACCAACCUAACCCACUGUAGUUACUGAGAACCUUUAGUGCUGUCAACGCGGACGUAUUUCCUAGAUUUCCUGCGCCAAGCAGCCUAUAGUAGCUGUUCAUGACUGGCUUUGUUUUCUCUGUCGUUCUAUCAGGCCAAUAUACCAUGAGGCUGUUUUCCUACUGCCCAACAAUAGACAACAAGACACUGUUGGUGGCAUUUUUUUUUUAAAUGGGAGGGGGUCAUUCAUUGAUUACAAAUGAAAGGUUCAGCUAUUUAACCCAUUUGGAGAAUUUUGGUGUAUUGUUCUAAGAUGAGGGUUAUUUAUUUGUUUCAACAUUUUAACUGCCUACAGCUUAGCGAUAGUCCUUUUUUUGUAUUUGCUUUACCACAAAUUAGGUUAAAGGGUUAACUUUAUAACAUGCAUAAGGGGUUGUAAAAUACAUUGAACCAGAUCCAUAGAUCAGCAUCAAACACACCCAUCUGUUAAUGUGUUGAAGGAUAGGGGAAACAGUGUCCCCUGCUGUUUCAAAUGUUUUUGCACAAUUUAUUAAAUAAUGGUAAUGCCGUUAAGCUGACACUUUAUUUGCCAAUUAUCGUUACUCCUAGUUUCUGCUGUGCCUAUUAUACAGUUGAGAUUAUUGUAAAACAUGGACUGAAGUGGGACAAUUUUUCUUGUCUAUUUUUGAAUGAUAUGUCAUUGAUGUACUGCAGGGGGAGGCAGCCCUGGUCCUCGAGUGCUGCAGGCACGUUAUGUGUUGGAUUUACCAACCUGAGAGACCAGGUGUGUUGAAUUUAGGUAAUCACUGAACUGAUCAAUUAGGCCUGUUGGCCAGGUGUGGUGCCUUGUUGGAACAAAAUCCUGCAGUACCUGCGGCCCUCCAAGAUCAGGGUUGCCUAACCCUGAUGUACUGUAUAUUCACUCUUGAAUAUAAUAUACUAUUGAAUUGUCAAUGUAUUAAUGUUACAACAUUUCUGUGCUUAUGGUUUUGCUAUGUGUUGUAAUGUCAGGAAUGGGAAAUGUGAUAUUCCUCAUCUAUAUGAGGGAUAUUUCCAGUCACCUCAAAUGAUUGGCACCCUUGAUAAAGAUGCUCAAACAUUUUGAAAUGAUUGUAUGAUCUGAGUAAGUAAGAGUAAUUUUUAACAAAAAUAAUUACAACAAAAAGUAUUUUUUUUAAAAGAGCCAUCUGACCAUAGAACCGGUUUUAAUCUACAUGCCAAUUCCGUUUAGCAAGCUUAUACUGUACCUAGUGUAAAAUAUGGUGGUGGAUCUUUGAUGUUAUGGGGCUAUUUUGCUUCCACUGGUCCUGGGUCAUCAUGAACCUUACCCAUUACCAGGACAUUUUAGCCCACAAUAUUGUUGCUUCUAUCAGAAGGCUGUGGAUCUUCCAGCAAGACAAUAACCCCAAGACAAUAACCCCAAGCACACAUCAAAAUAGUUAAUUGACCACAAUAUCAACAUUCUGCAAUGGCCAUCUGUCUCCAGACUUGAACCCCAUUGAAACCUGUGGUUUGAAUUGAGGAGGGCCGUCCAUAAGAGCAGGGGAAGGAUAUCAAGGAUCUGGAAAGACUCUGUAUGGAGGAAUGGUCUCAGAUCCCUCCCAACAUGUGUUCUCCAAUGUCAUAAAACAUGUUAGAAAAAAACUUAAGUGUUGUAAUCCUCGCAAGGGGAGGGUGCUGGAGUACUGAAAACCGGGGCGCUAAUCAUUUUGACAUAUCUUUUAGAUUACUUGUUAAUAAACAAAAUCUCUUUCUCUGACCAAUUGUUAGUAUAAUAUAAUUUCCCUGAUGUUUUGAGCAUACAAUAAAUAUCAGUAUUUGAUAUCUUUUUUUUUGUUGCUCAUCUUUAUCACUGGUGCUAAUAAGUUUGGAGGUGUGUUACAGUAACGGCACUCUGGCCAUUGUGAGUCACUGUAUUUUACCAUAACGAAAGGUAUUUAAUCAGCCCUAUAGUAAUGUAAUAUCCUUGUGUGUUCAAGUAUGCUGUUUGUAAAGAGAAAAUGAAAUAAUGGGUAUGAUUUUAUUGUUAAUGUGCAUUUCAAUGAUCUGUGUGUGUGUGUGUGUGUGUGUGUGUGUGUGUGUGUGUGUGUGUGUGUGUGUGUGUGUGUGUGUGUGUGUGUGUGUGUGUGUGUGUGUGUGUGUGUGUGUGUGUGUGUGUGUGUG